AUGGGUGCAAAGCAAAAGGGCGGCGCAAAGCCCAAGAACACUGCGGAGGAGGUGGAAGAUACUCUGCAGGCUGUGGUGCUUGCCGAUACCUUUGAGACCAGAUUCGAACCUUUCACGCGCACGAAGCCAAGGUGCCUCCUUCCUCUUGCCAACACGCCUCUCAUUGAAUACACUCUCGAGUUCCUGGCCAAUGCUGGUGUUGAAGAGGUGUUCCUUUAUGCUGGUGCUCACUCGGAUCAACUAGAAAAAUACAUCAACACCUCAAAAUGGCGCGCACCGUCCUCACCCUUCAAGCAGCUGGCCUUCCUCAAGUCCACCUCUACUUCUGUCGGCGAUGUCAUGCGCGAUCUUGACGGCAAGCACCUUAUCACAGGUGACUUCAUUGUUGUCAGCGGCGAUGUCAUCAGCAAUAUGCCCAUCGAGGGCGCCUUGUCGCAACACAGGAAGCGUCGCGAAACCGACAAAAACGCUAUUAUGACCAUGGUUCUCCGUGAAGCUGGCCGGACGCAUCGUGCCAAAGCCUCCUCCAUCUCGCCUGUCUUCGUGAUCGACCCUACCAAGGACCGCUGCCUGCACUACGAGGAAAUCGACCACCACUCAGAUGAGCAUCCAGCGCGGUUGAACAUUGACUCUGACAUUAUUUUGUCUCACUCCGAAUUGGACGUCCGCCAAGACCUCAUCGAUUGCAGCAUCGAUAUUUGCACUCCAGAUGUGCUGAGCCUGUGGUCUGAUAGCUUCGAUUACCAGUCCCCUCGAAAACACUACUUGUACGGUGUUCUGAAGGACUACGAGUUGAACGGCAAGACCAUUCACACGUACAUCAUUCAAGAGUACUACGCUGCGAGGGUACGAAACUUGAGGGCGUAUGAUGCUAUCAGUAAGGAUAUCGUCUCUCGAUGGGCGUACCCAUUGUGCCCCGAUACCAAUCUGCUACCCGGGCACACAUACAAUCUACGCAAAGGUAAUUUAUACCAGGAGCAGGGAGUCACGUUGGCGCGUUCCUGUGUCCUCGGACGCCGUACCGUCAUUGGUCGGGGUACAAGCAUCGGUGACCGAAGCACUGUUCACAGCACGAUUCUGGGACGGCAUUGCAAGAUCGGCAAAAACGUUCAGCUUGAGGGGGCGUAUCUUUGGGACAAUGUGGUGAUCGGUGAUGGCUCGGAUGUUCGUGGAGCGAUCAUUGCUGACGGUGUGGUUGUCGGCAAGAACUGUUCUGUCGGACAGGGCGCUCUUCUCUCUUACGGAGUCAAGAUUGCGGACGGUGUCAAAAUUGGGGGCGGUAAGCGCAUCACCCGGUCUCGGCCAGAUGGCAGCGUCGGCCCCAAUGAUCCUAGUGUGGUCGGACAAGGCGGCGAGGGCUACGAAUUCAUCCCCGGCGAGGAGGAAGACGAGGACGAUGAUGAUGUGAGCGUUGCGUCUUCCGGGCUGGUGUACCGUAUGCCCGGUCUCUCUCUGUCCAACGCUUCCAUUUCCACUCUAUCCUCUGAGAUCUCUGAAGGGUCAUGGCCGCGCUCUGGACGGAGCAGUUUUUCUGAUGGAGAGGAACAAGACAAUUUCCACCACGAUGCCUCGGUCAGCGUGUUUGACAGUCUUCGCGAGGGCACAUCUGCCGACGUAGUGCAGUUGGAAUUGGUCAGUCUGCGUAUGACUGCCAACGCCUCGGACGUCCAGGUUCGCCGGGCGGUGGUCUCUUCCUUCAUGAAGUACAUCCAACAAUUGAUCGAGAAUGGCAAGGGUGCCGGCGAAGCUGUCAAAGAAGUCUUCACCAAGUACCGUGAGGUUGUGGAUCGAACAUUGUUCGACCGCAACAAGGAGGAGAAGAAGGACCAGGUGGACUUCUUGCUCCAGCUGCAGCAGGACCUCGUCCACCGGAACAAGGGUGCUAGUAUCCUCCUGUUCACGGCCAAAGAGCUGUAUGAUCUGGAGCUGGUGGACGAAGAGGCCUACGAGCAGUGGUGGAACGAUGAGCGAUCCAGCAGCACCGAGGAGAUGCGAACAGUUCGUGGACAGACACAGCAAUUCGUCGACUGGCUGGCGAAUGCUGAAGAAGAGAGCAGCGAGGAAGAGGAAGAUGAGGAUGAGGACGAGGAUGAAGAGAGUGAUGAUGAAUAG